AUACAAUGGGGAAGGUUACAUGUUUGUUAACCUUAUCCGGACAUCUGAUUGCGAUGUGAAUUGAUUAUUAUGAAUGCUUCUUAUUUUUUUUUCUUUAAAUAUUAAGUUACGAUAUGGAAAUAAAUACAUUAGUCUUAGAUACGUUACAAAGGGCGGUGAGUCAGGAUUCGCGCAUCUUCAAACCGGCGGAACAGAAAUUGCAAGAAUGGGAAACACAACCGGGUUUUUAUUGUCUUCUCAAGGACAUCUUUUGUAAUCAAAAUAUUGACGUAAGUGCAAGACUUAUCGCUGUGCUACUAUGCAAAAAUGGUGUUGACAAGUAUUGGAGACCCAAUGCUCCUAAUGCAUUAACCGAAGAAGAAAAAACAGCUAUAAAAACAAGUAUUAUUUCUAAUUUCCAUGUGGCAGAGAAACAAAUAGCUACUCACCUUGCUGUGUUGAUUGCUAAAAUUGCAAGGCAUGACUGGCCACACAACUGGGAUCAGCUGAUGCCAACGUUGAUGAACGCUGUGAAAAGCGAUGAUCUGGUGACGCAGCAAGUUGCUCUGCUUUGUCUUCAUCAAGUAGUAAAAGUUUUGUCUACCAAACGCCUUCCUGGAGAUCGAAGACUCUUCCAAGAAUUUUCUCCUGCUAUUUUUCCUUACAUUUCUCAGUUGUGGGAUACGCACUCACAAUGUUUUUUUAUUAGGGUAUUAGAAAAUCAAGAUGAAGCUCAUAAACCAUUGGAAAAAGCUUAUUUAUCGUUGAAAAUUUUAGAUAAAUUGACCAUUCAGGGAUUUAAAGCACCUCAUACUGUUAAUGAUGUUAACAAUUUUCUUAAAGCUUUAUUUGAGAGAUGCAAAGCUAUGCUUAGUAUUAGGCCUUCGCUCAAACCUGAUCAUGAAGUUUAUGCCAGUAAAUAUAUAGUCAAGUCUAUUAACAUUUUAGCAAGCCUUUUAGAGCAACAUCCUUUCUCAUUUGUCGAUUAUAUCACGCCAACUCUGGAGUUUACUGUAUUUUAUACGUUUACUCCUUCCGGAGAAGCAUUUAUAUUUGAACGUUUUAUUAUUCAGUGUUUCAAUGUAAUCAAAUCAGUAAUUUUGUGCCAAGAGUUCAAGCCACCGAAAAUAAUAGAAGAAACGAAAGAACCACUGUCAUUGAAAGCGCAUCAGUUAAAACAGGCUUUUUUCAACUCCUCUACUCUUACAGCAAUUUGUAAAAGAUUAGUAACCCAUUAUUUUCUUUUGACACCUCGUGAUCUCGAAUUGUGGGAUACUGAUCCUGAAUCUUUUGCUACUGAUGAGGGAGGAGAAUCUUGGAAAUAUUCUCUGAGGGCAAGCACUGAGGCACUGUUCGCCUCAGUUUUUCAUGAGUAUAGAGAUGCUUUGACCCCUUUUGUGGUAGAACUGGUAAGAGAAAAUCAGUCGCUUGUUGCACCGUACGAUAUUAAUGCUAUUCUUUUGAAAGAUGCGGUUUAUAACGCUGUUGGCAUAGCUGCUUUUGAUUUGUUCGAUGUGAUAAAUUUUAAUGACUGGUUUACUACAUCCCUGCGAGUGGAAUUAGAAGUCCAGGAUAAUAAUUAUAGGAUAAUUAGGAGACGAGUCGCUUGCUUGGUUGGAAUUUGGGCUGGUGUUAAAAUGUCGAGCGAUUUGUAUCCGAAUGUUUAUUCGCUUAUGAUUCAACUUCUCAGAUCUGAGGAGGACAUGGUCGUGAGGUUGACUGCUGCGAAUACAGUCAGAGCAGUUGUCGACGAUUUCGAGUUUAAUUUAGAAUCUUUCAUGGACUUUUUAGAACCAAUGUUUUUAUCCCUUUUCAACCUUUUGAAAGAAGCCCUGGAAUGCGAUACAAAGAUGCGGGUUUUGCAUAUACUGUGUUUCAUCGUUGAAAGGGUUGGUGUCGCAAUCGAACCUUAUUAUAACAGCUUUGUUCAGUACCUUCCACUAUUGUGGCAUGAAACAGAACACCAUAGCAUGCUCAGGUGCGCUGUCGUCGCAACAUUAGUACAUCUAGUCAAAGCAAUAGGUAAAAUCAAUGAAUCAGAAGAUGUUACCAAUUUCAUACUGUCUGUGAUAUCAUUAAGCACUGAUGUUAGGCAAGACUGUCAUGUUUAUUUACUUGAAGACGGGCUCGAAUUGUGGCAAAGUGUUGUCGAGACGACUGCUUACCCGACACCUGGAUUGAUUCAGUUGUUUAGUAAUAUGCCACCUCUUUUAGAAGGCAACACUGAACACUUGCGGCUAUGUAUGAGCAUCAUAUCAGCCUACGUUUUGCUUUCUCCUGAUGACAUUAUUGAGGUUUAUGGACAGACGUUAAUAAACCUUUUUGCUGAUAUGCUGACGGAUAUGAGAACUGAAGGUAUUUUAUUAAUAAUGAGGGUAUUGGAACUGUUUAUGAAAGUUAAUUCGUCAAAAUCCUCAUUACUUUUAAAACCUCUUCUUCCAGAUAUUUUUGGGAACAUACAUAAAGGUGAAGAAUUUCCGAUGGUAAUGUCUGUGUACCUGUCAAUCUUAGCUCGCGUUCUUUUGGCUUCACAAGAAACUUUUAUUGAAAUCAUGAAUAAAGUAAGUGAAACAGUUCGGCAGAGUCCAGAUGAGGUUUUGAACAAAAUGUUGGAGGUAUGGUUACACAAAAUGCCUUUGAUAACUCAGAUGGAAAGGAAGAAACUUUUAGGGCUUGCACUUUGUUCCUUAUUAAUAUCUAACUUCAGGUUUGUUUAUGAAAAGUUCCAUGGCAUUGUGUUAGCAGUUACAGAAGUAUUGAAUGAUAUUACCAGAACUGACGAAGGAGGUUCCAGAAUUGACGCUUUGCUGUAUCUACCAGAUAACGAUGACGCUUCCAGUUAUGAAACAGAGCACGAGCAUAGGAAGAAACAAUUGGCUCUCGAAGAUCCGGUUCACAAAAUUGUAUUAGAAAACUAUUUUAGGAUUCAGAUUGAAGGGCUCAAGAGAGAUGUCGGGCCUGGAGAAUUUGAAAAAUUUGUCGCAACGCUUGAUCCUGAUGUCUUGAAGCAGGCACGAGAAUAUGUUACUUUGUGAUGAUAUUGACUGGAUGACAUGUUUUGUACAUAUAUAAACAUAUAUUUAUAUUUACAUAUAUCCUUAUGUAUACUAUGAGCAUAACUUUAUAUGGUUGCCAUUAAUCUAUUUAGUCGCUAGAUGAACUAAUGAAAGCAAAAAAAAAAAUUUAACAUCUUCAAGAUAUGUAAAUAUGUAGGAGGUCUGAAACAUCUCUGGUUGUGAUAUUGAUGGAUUUUUGUUUAAUCUAAUCACUCUUUUACUGUACAAAUCUUUAUGAAUUCUCUUCUUUUUUUAAAAGUUGUUUGUUGCAUUUAGCUUUAUUAUUUAUUUUAUAAUAUUUUAAUCCUUAAGGAUUAUUCUGACAAUUGUUUUUAAUAUCGUUCCUCGAUAAAUUUUUUUUCUAAAUCUUUUCUUUUUUUUUUUAAUUACUUUUAUGCCAUUUUUUUUUGUUAUAGGUGUAAUAUAUUUUAUAUAAAUUUAUACUGAAUGUAUUUGAAUACGCGAAAUUGUUAAAAUUUACGACUUGCUGGACAAGUAUCUUUUAGUGAAAAUUGUACAAGUCAAAUUAGUCUGAAAAUAAUAAUAUAUAAUAGACUGCUUGUUAUUAUGUAUAUUUUAAUACUUGCAUUGAUUCUCUAUAAUAGCCUUUGCUAUGAAUUUUAUCUUAAAUUAAAUUAAUCACUGAUAUAUUUUUAAAAUUAAUAUUUUAAUUAAAAUGACUCUUUGGUUUUUCAAAUUUGGAAAAAAAUAUUUUUGACUAUUUUAUGUAUUUUUUAUUUUAUUUUUUAAUAGUUGUAUUAUUAAGUUAUUUAAGUUUUUUUAUUUGAAGCAAAAGCUACCAUGAAGGUAUAGAUACAUCAAUGCAUGGUUUCUUGUAUUAUAAAGACCAAAUAAAAACUUGUUAAAUAUCUCACUUUUUAUUUGAUUUAAUAUUAUUUUAACUUUUUAUCAUCGAA